CGGCAGCGCGGGCAGCGGCCCUUCGAGUGGUACGGGGCCUUCCCGGAGCUCUGCCCGGUCCUGCACAAGUACGUCCGCCCCCGCGACAAGGUUCUGGUGGUGGGCUGCGGGAACUCAGAGCUGAGCGAGCAGAUGUAUGACAUGGGGAUGUGCGAGGACAUCGUGAACAUCGACAUCAGCGACAUGGUGAUCCGUCAGAUGCAAGAGCGGAGCAGGAGCAAGAGGCCGAAGAUGAGCUACCUGCAGAUGGACAUGCUUCAGAUGGACUUCCCUGAUGCCCACUUCCAGGUGGUCUUGGACAAAGGCACACUGGAUGCCAUCCUUACCGAUGAAGAGGUGGCCACUUUAGCCAAGGUGGACAAGAUGUUUGCCGAGAUCAGCAGGGUCCUGCAGGUAGGAGGGCGCUACUUUUGUGUCUCCUUGGCUCAAGCCCAUGUGCUGAAGAAAGCAGUGGAAUACUUCUCCCAGGAAGGCUGGGUCGUGCGUGUCCAUCAGCUGGCCAGCAGCAGAGACAAGCAGCAGUUUGUCCUACCAGUCUUCGUCUACGUCAUGACAAAGUUCAGGAAGAUCCCCGGCUCCACACCGCAGAUCCUGGAGAUCUGCCCCGAGGAGCAGGACAAGCCGAUGCGGGUGGAGAGUGCGGAGCAGCUGGUGGCAGCGGUGAAGGACAGGCAGCAUUAUGCCCUGCUCUGCAGCCAGCUGAGCAAAACCCCCUGUGGGGAGCAGGUUUCCCUGGAUCUGUGUGACAAAGAGAGUGGGAGGCCUCGCUACACUCUGCAUGUGGUUGACAGCCCUUCAGUGAAACCUUCCCGGGACAAUCACUUCGCCAUCUUCAUCAUCCCACAGGGCAGAGAAACUGAGUGGCUCUUUGGGACGGAGGAAGGGCGGAGGCAGCUGGCCGCCAACGCGGGCUUUGGGCGCCUGGUCACUGUGGCCCUGCACAGGGAGCAGCACUACGAGGGCAUGGCUGGCAUCCAGGCGGAGCUGUCGGGGAAGGUGAUGGAGCUGGCCCCGCCGGGCCUCCCUGCCCGGCAGCAGGUGCCCUUCCUGUCUGUGGGAGGAGACAUUGGGGUGCGGACAGUGCGGCACUGCGACACCAGCCCCCUGAGCGGGGAGUACGUCGUGGAGGACGUGAAGGGGGAUGGCACCUGCUACUUCCGCCGCCUCGUCUUCCUCCGCAACAGGAACGUGGUGCAGUCGGAGGCUCGGCUCCUUGCCCCCACACCUCUCCCAGGCCAGAAGAAACGGAGGAAGGACAAGAAGAAACCCAGCCCUGCUGAGCCACCUACAGCCAUCGACAAGAGCUACCUGUGCUGUGAGCACCACAAGGCCAUGGUCGCGGGGCUCUGCCUGCUGGGGGGCCCCGAUCCCCUCCCAGGGUUCGUGGGGCUGGGGGGGGGCAGCCUGCCCCUCUUCGUCCAUGACUACUUCUCGCAGGCCCAUAUAGCUGUGGUGGAGAUCGACCCCUCCAUGCUGGAGGUGGCCACACGCUGGUUCGGCUUUUCCCAGGGCGACCGGAUGAGGGUGCACAUCUCCGAUGGCCUGGACUAUGUGGCCAAGCUGGCAGCUGAAGGUACUAUCUUGCCGAGCAUUCUGGCCCAGUAUGACGCCAUCAUGUUCGAUGUGGACAGCAAAGACCUCACAGUGGGGAUGAGCUGCCCGCCCCCAGCCUUCGUGGAAAAGCCCUUUCUGCAAAAAGUUAAAACCAUCCUCAAGCCAGGAGGAGUCUUUGUGCUCAACUUGGUGUGCCGUGAUGCCCGGCUGAAGGAGUCUGUCCUGGCCACCCUCAGGGAGGUCUUCCCACUGCUCUACGCACGCCACAUUGAAGGGGAGGUCAACGAGAUCCUGUUCUGCCAGCCCAGCCCCAAGGUCCGGCAGGACCCCACAGAGCUGGGGGCACGUGCCCAGGCGCUGGAAGGGGCUCUGCGGCAGCCUGGGCGCCCCUGGGACAGCUCGUACGUGCUGGCAGACAUGCUGCAGGCCGUCAAGAUCCUCUGA